UGGUAAUUGUCAGUGGUAAGACUAACUCAAACAGAAGAAGAAUAUCCCAGAGAGCCUUAUGAGGCCAGGCUGUCUGAAACUAUAACUAUUAUGGAGUGACAGCUGCUUUAAAACAAAUGUUCCAUUUACAAGACGGAAAGGAAUAUUCAGUUACCAACCUCAAACCCGUUCGACAAAGGCAGAGAUCAUGUCAUCGGUCAAGGCGGUCUCGGAGCGGAGUACUAAGAACUCCAGAAGGAAAACAUCUGGAGCCAUGUCUGCAGAUGCAUCUCCUGAUUCAAAGUGUCCCAUCUGUUUGGAUAUUUUUAGUAAUAUCUCCUAUCUGGACAUCUGUCUUCACAAAUUCUGUUUUAAGUGUAUACGGGAGUGGGCCAAGAACAAAGCAGAAUGUCCACUGUGCAAACAGCCGUUUAAUUCCAUCUACCACAGUGUCAAGACAGAGCAAGACUUUCAAAAGUAUGAUUUGCGGCCCUCAAAUAAUGGCUCUUUUGGGUCCUUUGGUGGAGUGCGGUUUAGAUAUCGCACCACUCUAACUGGUGUCCAUCGGCAGAGACAGGAAAGAACCUCUGUGCAACAGCAUACUGGAGUUGUGUUCGAGGCCCCAACAACAACAACAACAACAACAACAUCUGCCCAACAGGACCAUGACCGUUAUUUACGUCAAAUGAUGAUGAGACUGGCAGCAAGGAAAAAAGCAGCACGUGAAGGCAGGGAAGCAACCAAAAUCAGAGAACAAGAAAUGAUCAACUUUAGGAGGGACCUGUACCGCUGGGGCGUUAGGGUUCGGACUGUUCAGGACGGUGGACGAUCCCGAGACAUCUCUGCCAAGUUUUACCAAAGAAAUCCCGCCUGUCUGCAUAGACUGGUUCCCUGGCUGAAAAGAGAACUCUUGGUGCUAUAUGGGCCUAUUGGGGGUUUGGUCAACAUGGUUCAGCACAUCAUCAUGUCAAAAAUCACAUGUUUUGACAUGGAGAGUGAAGUCUUUCAGGAAGAGCUGAGGCCGUUUCUCCAGGGCCGCACCGAUCAUUUUUUACACGAAUUUAUUUGUUUUGCUAAAUCUCCGUUCAAUAUGGAGACCCAUGACCACCACGCUGUUUACGACUGUCCAGCCGGUCCUUCAGAAGAAAACAGCAGCUCCAACUCAUCUGUAAUAGCCAUCUCAGAGGAUGAGGAGCAUUCAGAGGAGUUGGACCAGCCCAGAGAGUCCACGUCUACUCUGGGUCACUCCGUGUCUGAUGGCGAGACACCAGGUCCAUCAUAUGCAACAUCAGAGGUUAGCAGAGCAGGCCAUCGUAUAUUAUUUGAAUUAGACUCAGACAGCAGCUUUGAGGGGGAGGAGGAAGAGACAAAAGAGUUUAAAAAGUCCCCGCAGCACAUGGAGCAACAGAACCAAGGAGGUGUCAGUCAGGGUGGAGCCAACAGCCAGGAGUGUUUGUCCUCUGAUUCUGAGUGUGUCAUAGUGGGAUUUGUUAAGCCAAGAUCUGAGAGGACUCCUGAGCUCAUCCAGCUCUCUUCUAACUCAGACUCUGACAGUGAGGAUAACACCGCAGUGCCUCCCACACCUUCGAUGCUUUCCUUGUCCCUCCAUCUCUCUAGUUCAAGCUCCACCGCUUCACAUGCUAGUACUCCAAGUGGCACAGAACGAUCACGAGUAGAAAAAUACCACUAUCUGCAGUUGAAUUCAAAGGAAGGCUCCAGCAGAUACAAAACACCCGAUAGAUCAGACAGAAAAGACAGAGAUAGAAGACAGGAUGGAAGCAAGAGCCUGAGGAAGAGGCACAAGUCAAAGGACAGAGAACACAGGAGAAGGAGGUCAUGCAGUAGAGAGCGCAGACAUUCAAGCAGAAGCCCAGUUACCUCCCAGAGCAGCGUUACCAGGCAGAGAAGUCAUUCUUAUUACAGGGGCAGAGACUUGCCCUCAGAUAUUGACAGGUAUCACAGGAGUAGCGAAAGUUACCGGAGUUAUCACUCAUAUAGACAUUACAGUCAUGACGGUGGAAAGGAUUAUACAGAGAAACAGUCGUACUCUUAUAGUAGUGGAAGGUAUUUAGAUAGACACUCGUCAAACUCUUGCUCCAGAAGCCACAGCAGAGACUCACAAAAACACAAAAGGAGGUAUUCUUGUUCUCCAUCUCAUAGUCGCUCGCCUUCCACAAAAGGGAGGUUUUAUCACGACAAGCCGGGUGGAAAAAGGAAAUACAAAAGCAGACAUUUGGACAGUCCGUCCAAGUGCACACCAUCUGAUUCAUGUCCAAAUAUGGACUCCUCCAGAUCAACAAAACACAAGAAGAAGAGCAAAGAGAAGCACAGGAAAAAAUCCAAGGACAGAUCGAGAAAGAGCAGCAGGAGCCGCAGCGACGAGGAGCAGCACGUGGACAAGGAAUGCUCGGCGGAACAGAGCAAGCGGCAUCACAAGAAAAAGAAAAAGCACAAGAAGAAAAGUAAAAAACACAGGCGUAACGACAAGUGCGAGGAGGAGCGCUCACUCACCGUCAUCACCAUCGACAGUGAUAGUGAUUCUUGGACAAAUGUCUGCGUCAACCAGGUCAGCAGCACCACUAACAGGGACAACUGUGUGGACGACACAUCAGUGGACCCAGAAGAACCUGGCCCUCUGACCCCUGGGUCAUAGAUGUGUUUGGUACUAAAGCCUUAGAGCCAGUUAGAGUUGACGUGGUUCACUCAAACCACUACUGUUCUCUGUGCCAUGAUUAAAUAGAAAGAAAUGUUGUCAAAAACAGAUGUAUUUAAAUUUUUACUAUUGCAAUCUGCACAUACUUAUGAUAUAUGAUAUCAGGGAUAUGAUUUUAUUAUAAAGUCUUCUUCUUCUGUUGUCUUUUUCAUAUUCUUCAAAACAAACCAAUUAUGACCUGCUGCUCAUGGAGUAGAAUUUACUAUCAAGUGUGUAGAUUAAAACAAAGGUGCUUUUAAAAUAAAUUUGUAUCUAAAACAAA